AUGGCGGUUUUCCAAAGACCGUUCAAGGCUGUGCGAGAUAUACUUCUACGAAGACGGCAAUCCGAGAGCCUGUUGCUGCAGGGGGUCGAUGGCGUAGUUAGGGAAGGCGAAAUGCUGUUGGUAUUAGGUCGGCCAGGCAGAGUCUCCAGCGCCCUCCUGAAGGCUCUGAGUGGUCAGAACCAGGAUGGCUUGAUUGUCAGAGGUGAAAUCAAGUACAACGGAGUCGACAUCAAGAAGUUCAAGGGUCGGUUCAAAGGCGAUACAAUUUACGUUCCUGAUGUCGACGUUCACUUUCCAUAUCUCCUCGUCCGCAAUACAUUGGAUUUUGCUUCCGAGACAAAAACACCAAGGGCCAAAGUUGCCGACCGAUCACGGUCCGAACUCAUCAGGGACAUGACAGACGUGUAUGGAAGCCUGCUUGGAGUGCAGCACACUUUCCAGACGAGAGUCGGCAACGAAUAUGUUCAGGGCAUCAGCGGUGGCGAACGCAAGCGCGUCUCUCUGGCAGAAGCUUUCGCAAUGCGAGCUUCGGUCACGAUGUGGGAUAAUCCCACUCAUGGCCUUGACUCGUCAACAUCACAGGAAUUCAUCCAAACAAUUCGAGCCAUGACAAAGACCUUUCGGCAAACUGCUGUUGUCGCACUAUACCAAGGAGGUGAGACGUUGACGCAGGAGUUUGACAGAGUAACCCUGCUAUAUCAAGGCCGUCAAAUCUUCUUUGGGACGGUCGCGGAUGCCAAACACUAUUUCGAAGACAUGGGCUUCGAAUGCCAUCCGCAUCAAACAACGGCAGACUUUCUGACAGCGAUCAGCGACCCAACUGCCCGAAAGCCCAGGGCUGGCUGGGAAGCCAGAGUGCCAAGGUCACCAGACGACUUUGUGAAGCUUUGGAAAACCAGCCAUCAGUAUUCCAAGCUCCAGGAAGAUAUCCGGGAAUACGCGAGGGAAUUCGGGCAGCCCGACGUGGAAAUGGCGAAUUACGAGGCUUAUCGAUCAGCCACUCAGUCAAAGCAUCAGCGACAGCGCAGCAUUUACACCGUCGACACAUUCACUCAGUUUGCUGCCAAUCUCAGACGCAGCUUUUACCGACUCGUCGGCGACAAAGCAUUCCUAGGCGCAACGGCAUUCAGCUCUAUCUUCAUGUCUCUGAUCAUGGGCAGUAUGUUCUACAAUGUACCAGACUCGACCUCGGGGUUUUUCUCAAAGGGAGGCGCUUUGUUCUUUGCAAUCCUGUUCAAUUCUCUCCAAACCAUGGCCGAAAUUGGCGCUCUAUAUGUUCAGAGACCGAUCAUUCAACGCCAGAACUCGUACGCCAUGUACCAUCCUUUUCUGGACGCUUUGGCGACUUUGGUGGUGGAAUAUCCUUACAAGGUUGUCAACGUGACAAUAUUCGACAUCAUUCUUUACUUCCUGGUCGGGCUGAAGCAAAAGCCUAGCGCCUUUUUCGUCUUGUGGUUGACCACCUAUUUAGCCACCCUGGUCAUGAGUGCCUGGUUUCGAACAAUAGCCGCCUUAACCAAUAGCCCUGAAGCUGCCAUUGGUGGUGCGGGCAUAUUGGUGCUGUCCUACGCCAUUUAUACCGGAUACACCAUCCCCAAACCCAGCAUGCACCCUUGGUUCAAGUGGAUCACUUACAUCAACCCACUCUCCUUCGCUUUCGAGGCUCUGAUUGCCAACGAGUUUCACGAUACAACCGCACUGUGCGACGUCCUGGUCCCCUCUGGGCCCGGGUAUAGAAAUGCAUCUGCUGCUAACCAGGUUUGUGCCGUCACAGGCUCAAACCCGGGGCAGCGGUCUGUGAGCGGUGACGCCUACAUUGGACUUUCAUUCGACUAUCACUUUUCGAAUGUAUGGAGAAAUGUGGGAAUACUGUGUGCUUUCUUUUGCGGCUUUGUUGUCGCACUUUCUGCGGCGACGGAGUUCAGAACUGCGUCGUCACAACAUACUCGAGAACGCCUGUAUUACCGAAAAGGACAUGAGCCAGAGCAGAUGAAGAGACGUUUGGGGAAAGGAUCAAGGCUUACCGACGGAGGAGAAGGGCAAGACUCCGAGGAGGUCAUCACAGAAAUCCCAUCACACUCAUCCACAACCAAAGCACUUGUUACUUGUCAGAAAGUCCUGACGUGGAAGGACGUGACAUACGACAUCACACUGAAUGACGGUUCCCGUUGCAGGCUACUUGAUAAUAUCACGGGCUACGUGGAGCCGGGUACCCUCACGGCUUUGAUGGGAGAAUCCGGGGCUGGUAAAACAACGCUCCUCAGAGCUCUUGCUGCACGGCUUCGCGGUGGCACACUCAAUGGAGAAUGUCUUGUCAACGGCAAGCUUCCUGAUCGGUCAUUCCACCGGAUGACUGGCUAUGUACAGCAAGAGGAUGUUCACCUCUCCUCGUCUACCGUGCGAGAAGCUCUCCAAUUCUCGGCCAAGCUACGUCAACCAAGGGAAAUACCUCUUUCAGAGAAGCUUGACUACGUGGAGAAGGUCAUUCACAUGAUGGAGAUGGAGGACUUUGCCGAAGCCAUCAUAGGCGUUCCCGGCAGCGGAGGUCUCAACAUCGAACAGAGAAAACGAACCACUAUCGCCGUUGAGCUGGUUGCAAGACCGGAGAUACUACUGUUCUUGGAUGAGCCAACGAGCGGGCUUGACUCCCUGGCAGCAUGGUCUAUCGUGCGACUGCUGAGGAAGCUUGCCGACUCUGGACAAGCCAUCCUGUGCACAAUCCACCAACCCUCAUCAAUGAUAUUUGAGCAAUUUGAUCAUUUGCUCUUGCUUGCGAAGGGUGGGAAGCCAGUGUACUUUGGUGAGAUCGGUCAACACUCCCAAACCAUCCUCGAGUAUUUUGAGAAGAAGAGUGGCGAACGCUGUCCCUCGGGUGGAAAUCCUGCCGAGUUUAUACUCGACGUUAUUGGCGCGGCUAUGAGCCCGAAAACGAAACAAGACUGGAAUACGACAUGGACGAGCUCUGACGAGUGCAGUGAUAUGGCUCAAGCGAUGGAGAGCCUGCUUGGCCAACAUGUAGACGAUCACGACCAGCGGCCAGAAAAGCAAGAGCAUGCGAACCACAGGACCACAAGCUCCGGGACUACUUUCGCUGAACCCUGGACUACUCAAUACCUUGCGGUCCAAUUAAGGCUUUUCGUGCAUUAUUGGAGGAUCCCGCAAUAUGUUAUGGGCAAGAUUAUGUUGAACGUCGUCGCCGGACUGUUUCUCGGGUUCACAUUUUACAAAGAGGAUAACUCAUUAUUUGCAGCUUUCACGUCAGCCAUUCUGGGCAUGCCGACGAUGAAUCAAUUCCAACCACAGUUUUCCAGUCUGGCAAAGAUGUUCACUGAGCGGGAAAAUCCCUCAGGCACGUACCACUGGAGCGUCUUUGUCCUGGCAAACCUUGUGACGGAAAUACUUUUCAACAUAUUGGCGGGCACACUAUUUUUCUUCCCAUGGUACUUCCCAAUCGGCUUCUCGCGAGGCUGGAUGGGCAGCACUGCAGGGGACGGAGGAAGAGGAUUUUACAUGUGGCUCCUUCUCAUGACCUACGAAAUGUGGAUUUCCACCUUUGGCGUUGCCAUUGCCUCUCUUGCGCCCAACCCUCAGACGGCAGCUGUUUUGACCACAGUCUUUGCCUCCUUCGUGGUCGCCUUCAACGGUGUACUGCAACCGCUCAGCCAGCUUCCUCGGUUCUGGCAUUUUAUGUACCAUGCUUCACCAUACACCUAUCUCAUGAGUGGAUACAUCUCCAACGCCAUCCACGGCACCCGCGUUGUCUGCACUGCCCAGGAAAUUAACGUCUUUCAACCGCCGCUGGGACAGACAUGUAUGGAAUACGCCGGUGCAUUCGUCCAGCAACAGUUCGGAUACCUCCUAAAUCCGGACGCCAUGUCGAACUGCCAGUACUGUCGGUAUUCAAGUGGUGACCAAUACCUUGUCACCCGCAACAUGGACUACGGCGAUCGUUGGAGAAAUUUCGGUCUCAUGUGCGUGUACAUAAGCUUCAACGCCGGCAUAGCCUUUCCACUAUUUUACCUUGCAAAGAUUGCAACAGUCGACAUGAGACGACUCAUGUUGUGGAGAUCGAGGCCCAAGAAAUAG